AUGUAUAAUUGGAAUAUUUGUAUUAAUGAGCUAAUCGAAUCAUGGCAAAACAAUUCCAUGAGUUAUAAAUUACCCUAUAGAACAUUAGAAAUCAUGGAUUUAAAGGACAGCAGGAUUUAUGCUAUGAUGUGCGCUUAUCAAUUAAUAUUCGUACCAUGUAUCGUAUUAGGUUACGUAGGAUUCGAUUGCAUGUUCGUCAAUUUAUCCAUUCAAGUAAUUGCACAAUUCUCCAUAUUAUCCUGUAAAGUGAAAUCAAUAUUAAAUAAUUCUAAAAAUCAUCAUGAGGGUAUGAGGAACAUUGUACUACGACAUUAUCGAUUGAUAAGAUUGACGGAAAGAUUGGAGGAUAACUUUAAUUUACCGAUUAUGCAGCAAAUAUUGGGUACCACCGUUCAUAUCUGUAUUUCCGGUUACUUCGUACUGACGGAUUUACUUUAA